CUCUCUAUUCUCUUCUCUGCCUCAAAUCUUUCCUUCGCCGAGAUCAUAAACCCUAGUCUCCGUCGAGUGAAUCGAUCUCAUAGUUGUUUCUUCUUAAUCGAGUCCGAUUUUUCCGCGGUUCGUGGAGUUUUUACUCGUGCCCGAGCCUCUACCGUACCCGAGUGAGGUUAAGCCAGUCUUCUAUUGAUGGGAACACCAGAAACUUCUCGGGAACCUUGCCCUGAUCGCAUCCUUGAUGAUAUCGGUGGUGCUUUUGGUAUGGGGGCUGUUGGAGGUGCUGCCUUCCAUUUUAUCAAGGGAACAUACAAUUCUCCUAAGGGGGCCCGUUUAGUAGGAGGUACGCAAGCCGUGAGCAUGAAUGCUCCCCGGGUAGGCGGCAGUUUUGCUGUGUGGGGUGGUCUUUUCUCGACGUUUGAUUGCACCAUGGUCUACCUCCGGCAGAAGGAGGAUCCUUGGAACUCGAUUAUAGCCGGUGCUGCCACAGGAGGGUUUCUAUCAAUGAGACAAGGGCUUGGUCCAGCCUCGAGGUCAGCAAUCUUUGGAGGCGUUUUACUUGCUUUGAUUGAAGGAGCCGGGAUCAUGUUAAACAAGGUGCUCAGCCAACCACAGAAUAUGCCAAUGAUGGAGGAGCCGGUGCCCAAUAUGCCUGGCAUGCCGGGAAUCCCGAUGGGGCAGAUGCCAAAUCAAGCACCUGUGAUACCCGAGAGUCUAACCCCAAACACCUCUUCUUCAACCCCAUCGUCAUCAUCAUCAUGGUUUGGAGGGUUUUUCGGUAAGAAAGAUGAACCAGUAACUAGCAGUGGGAGUAAAACCGAGGUUCUGGAGAGUUUUGAUGCACCUCCAGUGCCAUCAUUUGAGUACAACUCUAAAAAUUAAAACAUGCUCCUCGUUGUUUGAUCUGCCGACAGAAAGGGUUCCCCACUUGAUUGAGCUCAUUUUUUUUGUUCUUCUUCUUUAAGAAUGCACCUCUACUCUAGAGAUUAAACUUAAUCCUGUAUGUUCUUCAGUCUACUCAUCGGUUUAUGUUUUAGUUGAUACAGUGUCUUGCUUGUAAGGAUGACAAAGAGAGAGUACAUAUCUAUGGAGGACGCAUGCUUCCAUUCUCUCUUGUUUAA